AUGAAAGGGAAAACUGCAGGUGCUCACACAGUCCAGGCACACGAGCCCCCUACCAUCAAAGCAAAUCACGGAGCGUCCGUACCAGACGUCGUCGCCCUGGGCCCCGAGCAGGAGAGUCUCGAGGCGUGGAGACAGCGAUGCGGGAUCAAGACUGACCAGCAAAUCCGCCUGGUGAAGCUCGCGCACAUGCGAUAUCAACAUCCAGAUCUCGAUGAGAUAGCUGUGUUCCUGCAAGACUUUGGCAUGGCGGUCGCCCACCGAACCGACACCAAAACCUGGUUUCGCGGUUACGGACCAGACGCCUAUGUCUACUACGCACAGCAGGGGCCCAAGGCCUUUCUCGGAGGGACAUACGAAGUCGAAUCCUACCAGGAACUCGAGAAGGCGGCGAAAUUGCCAACGGCAGGCCAGAUCCAGCAGCUCACAGACGCGCCGGGCGGGGGAUAUCUUCUCACGUUGACGGAUCCGUCCGGUUUCCCAGUCAAUCUGAUGUACGGAGCAUCUCCAGCAGACCCAGGGUCAUACCCGGAGAAGAUCAUCUACAACUACGAGGUCGAGAAGCCACGGGUGCGGAAGUUCCAGCGGUUCAACGUCGGCCCUGCGGCGGUGCACAAGCUGGGUCACUACGGCGUCUGCACCGCCGAGUUUCCCGCCAUGGUAGACUUUUACACCAAGACCUUCAACCUCGCCCCGAGCGACUUCCUCCACGUCGACCAAGACAAUGGAGAGAAGAAGCAAGUGGCGCUCUUUGCGCACAUUGACCGGGGCCCGGAGCUCGUCGACCACCACACGUUCUUCAUCAGUUCCAACGCGACAACGCACGUCCACCACUGUUCCUUCGAGGUGCACGACUUUGACACACAGAAGCUCGGCCACGAGUGGCUCGCGAAGAAAGGGUAUACCUCUGUUUGGGGCGUGGGGCGGCAUAUUCUCGGCUCGCAGAUCUUCGAUUACUGGUGGGACACGACGGGGAAUAUGAUUGAGCACUAUGCAGAUGGUGAUCUGGUGAAUGACCAGACUCCCAUUGGGUAUGGGCCUGCGGGCCAUGAGUCGUUGGCUGUUUGGGGGCCGGAGGUCCCGGCUUGGUUUUUGCAGUGA